GUACGUGCUUUUAACGCGAGAACCACACUAGUACCAACCCUCGAUGCCUAUAGGGACGGUUAUUUAGCUCCCACCGCAGCUUAAGCCGACCGCUUGUAGGUCCGAAGGAUAACGGUCUUUUUGGCCGGCUAGAAUAGGGCCUCCGACCGCCCUACAACCGGUAUACAACGGCUAUCUAAAACAGGUAUAUUCCGGUAAGCGGCAAGGGUGUGUUGGCGCCCUGUGCCAGCCCCCUAUACAAGAGUGUGCAUCUCGAUUCACAGGCUGUAUAUAUCUGCGACAUAUGCAGCACACUAUGCAGAGUUCACACACUAUAUACACACUAAUGGCGGCCACCUAUGCACGAUCCUACCGAACUAUAUCAUGCAUAUAUAUUUCUGUACAUAUUAGUGGGUGUGUGAGCGAAUGGGGGAGCCACAGAAUUACCUAUCAGCGACGGCGGAGUUAGGAUACCAAGGCAGAGAGGAACAUGGUGGUAGGACAUGGGGUUAGAACAAGGCUACUAUCUGCCCGUAUUACCCGACUGGCUGUCUUCUUGAGGUUCAGUACAAAAAACCAGCCGAGGACUUUUCGGAGACAGACGCUGGGGACGGAGUUUCUAUCCAAUGUCAACGCCCGUGUCCGUCCCUGCGCAUCAUCCUCGCGCACAUGGUUAUGCCGCGCAUUUGAGACCUCCUCGAAGGCCAAUCUGGAUUUAUAUAACGGCCAAUGGUGAACGAAAGCUUUCCCACAGCUCGCCUCAAAAUUAUCACACCUUUUCCGUAAUGGCUUGGGAGGAAACAGACCUCGGGGUGUACAGAGCGGUAUUUGGUGGAUCAGAGAAAAUUUACCAUAAGGUUGCGACUCUUUUCGCCCAUCUCAAACGUGAGCACUAUCGCGUCCACUGCGUCUGUUCCCUUGAGUUUAGCUCCGAGUUUGAAGAACGCGAUCCUGCCACCGCCUUGAAAGAAGCAUGGAAGACUUUGCGGACCGAGCUUCCAACUUUGGGAGUCCUCGCGGAUGGACCAGGCCACAAGGUGUACAAAAUUCUUGAUGUGCAAGGCGAGCGAGAUUGGCUCGACCGGAGUUUCUUCCUCGAGCCACAUGGGAAGUCUUCAGAUGAGGUGAUCGCGCGCGAACCGCUCGACUUCCCGAGCCUCCAUUUUAUGCCUUCCUCAUCGGAAGUCAUCUUCCUAUGCUCGCACUGGCGCAUCGACGCCAUAGGCACCAACUGGGUCCUCGACCGACUCUUCUCCCUCCUAGUCGCGCCUCGGGCCACUUUGCACAGCGUCCCAAGCCUUGACGUGGUCUCUCCCGGCCUCGAAGGAGCCAUCGGGAGCCUCGAAACCUGGACCGAGGAGCAGGAAACCUACGCCCGCUCCUACAUCCAAUCCUUCCGUGCGGACUCUUUUCCCAACGAUCGCAUGCCAUACAAAGGCGAUGCAGCAACGCUGCCAGGCAACCCCGCCCGCCAGACUGUUGUUUUCGACCCGACGAGCACGGCGCACGUCAUCGCGGCGUGCAAGGUCUUGGAAAUCAGUGUCACAGCCGCGGUGCAUUCAGCACUUGCGCAAACUGUAUUCGCGCUCGCUGAUGGUGACGACGGAGAUCAACCUGGGGAGAAACACGACUACACGUGCGCUACGUCGAUGAACUUACGCCCAAAGCUGCCCGCGCCGUACAACACCCGCGCUCACGCCGUCCAGACCUACGUCAUCGGCUGCGCGUGCCGUGUUCGGCGCGAUAGCAGCUUCGCUGAUGCGGCGAGAGCGCUCACGAAGCAUUACAAGGUCGCGUAUGGUGAUGAGCGCGUGCUGCAAAGUUUGCGGCCGAUAUACAAGUUCAACAGCGACGCUACGCCCGUGCAGCAGAAAAAGGGGAGCGCGGCCGCCACUCCGUCUGCUGUGGUGUCACCGCCGCCACUGCCUAGCGGCAUCACGAUUAGUAGCAUCGGCAUUGUGGACAACUAUCUCACGGGUGUGUAUGGCGGUGGGGAUGGCAUGCCGGCGGUGAGGGUACGAGAGUAUCAUUUCGGCAUUGACAUGAUGACGCGGCAGAUGAUUAUGUAUGUUGGUACGUUUCGCGGGAAGCUGCAGUUGUCGAUUAGCUAUAAUGCGGGGUAUUAUGACCCGGAUGUGCCGCGUGAUGUGCUGAAGCGCGUUGGGAACGAGUUGGAGAAAGGACUGGGAGUGGAACUGGCGAUUUGGGAGAAUCUGUCCCUGGAUGCUGGAUUGGAUUCAAUGGAUUAUAGUGAACUUCGAAUCUUGUUGCUGUAUGUUUUAAAGGCGCAGGUACUGAUACCGGAAAUAUUGCCUGAGGGCUCAGUCGGUACCACUAAACAUGCCCUUUUCGAAAGCGCGGACGUCAGUUAA